AUGGCCAAACCCUUCCCCGUCGGCGGAGGUAUGACCUCUUUCUGGCGCUCCCAGCCAGAUGUUCUAGACAAUAAUCGGUCGACCGAGACGCUGCCCGAGUCCAGCGACAUUGUCAUUAUCGGUGCUGGAUAUACGGGGGCAGCAACGGCUUACCAUUGUAUUGAGCAGAGUCAGAGCACGGGGAAAGAGAAGCCAUCUAUCGUGAUCCUAGAAGCUAGACAGGCUUGCUCGGGAGCGACGGGGAGAAAUGGAGGUCACCUCAAACCCGACGUCUACAAUGGCACCAGCACCCUAGCAAACGACCACGGCAUUGAAGCAGCAGCUGAAGUAGCUGCGUUUGAAAUGCAGAAUCUCCAGGCUGUCCAGUCUUUUGUCGAGAAGGAGAAGGUCGAGUGCGAUUUGAGAGUGGCUCAUGCCAUUGAUGUUCAGCUGGAUGAUGCUCACUGUGCCAAACUCAAUGCUGGAUUAGAAUCGCUCGUGGCAAAUGGAUUGGAAGCGAGUAAGCUUGUUGAGAUUAAUACCGGAGAGAAGGCAGAAGCUUUCUCUGGCGUCAAAGGCGCACGGGGCUGCUUCAGCUACGGUGCCGGACGACUCUGGCCAUACAAACUUAUAAUGCACCUUCUCAAAAGGGCAAUAGCCAGCAGGGCAAAUCUGCAGACAUACACACCCGUCCUGCAAGUAUCCGAUACCCCAGACAAGGACGGACGUUGGGCAGUAACGACCAACCGGGGCUCAAUCCGCGCAAAGAAAGUCGUGUACGCCUGCAACGCUUACACGUCAGCCCUAGCCCCGGAGUUCCAAAACCAUAUUAUUCCGGUGCGAGGCAUCUGCAGUCGUAUCGUCGUUCCUAACCCGCCCAGAAAACCGUUGGACAGCUCGUACACAUUACGGUUUAACAACUGGGAUUAUGACUAUCUGAUCCCGCGGCCAGAUGGAAGUAUCGUCGUUGGAGGCGCGCGGUCAAUGUAUCUGAGUGAGCCGGGGAAUUGGUACAACGUUACAGAUGACAGCAGGUUGGUUGAAUCGGCGGCGCAGUACUUUGACGGUUACAUGCAACGGCACUUUCAUGGAUGGGAGAACACGGGGGCGUACACAGAUCGAGUCUGGACAGGCAUCAUGGGAUAUACAACGGAUUUCCUCCCACACAUCGGACCUGUACCCGGGAAGCCUGAACAGACAGUGAUUGCCGGGUUCAACGGUCAUGGGAUGCCCCAGAUAUUUUUGUCAGCAUUGGGGGUUGCACGGAUGAUAGUCGAGGGUACAGAGUAUGGCAAUACCGGCCUUCCGCGGUUAUUCGAGGCAACGCUGGAGAGGUUGCAGAGCAAGGAGAAUCGCAUUCUACAUGGAAUUCCGUCGAUUUCGGACAGAGGGACUAGCCGACUGUAG